CCGUCUAGAACUUGCAAAGGCAUAUGGUCAUGACUUUGAUUCAUAGUUCCAGAUCACAAAUAGAGGGAGAAUUAGAUUAUGAAAGGAACAUUCGAUAACACAUCAAGCUGCCACACAGUGCUUUCAACCAAUAAGACAGCAGCUAACAAGACACUUAUACUACGCUGACUCGUUAUGAAAGCGAGGCAUACGUCUUGUUUUUGAACAUGGCGACUAGCUGAGUUACAUUUAUUUAUGAUUACAUUUGUACUGCAUAAAGUUAUGAUUUUUAUUUGAUACGUUGGAAAUAUGGGAGAAAGUAUAGAGGAUUACCAAGUGCUCAACCUCCUGGGCAAGGGGGCUUUUGCUUGUGUGUACAGAGCUAGAGCACUCACCACAGGACAGGAGGUGGCUAUCAAAAUGAUUGACAAGAAACUAAUGCAGGCUGCAGGGAUGGUGGCACGGGUGAGGAAGGAGGUUGAGAUCCACUCCAGAUUAAAACACCCAGCCAUACUGGAGCUGUACAAUUAUUUUGAAGACAGCAACUAUGUGUAUCUUGUUCUGGAGAUGUGUCAUAAUGGGGAGCUGUACAGGUACCUCAAAACUAACUGCAAGGUACUUUCUGAACAGGAGGCUCGUGUGUUCCUGCGUCAGAUAGUCCAGGGUAUGUUAUAUCUUCACUCUCAUGGUAUUCUCCACAGAGAUCUGACCCUGGCCAACCUACUGCUGACCAAGGACAUGGACGUGAAAAUAGCUGACUUUGGUCUGGCUACCCAGCUGAGUGUGCCUGAUGAGAAGCACUUCACUAUGUGUGGAACACCGAACUAUAUCUCACCCGAGAUAGCUAUGCGUGGAGCCCAUGGGCUGGAAGCAGAUGUGUGGUCCCUGGGCUGUAUGUUGUACACCUUCCUGGUGGGCAAGCCUCCUUUUGAUACCCAGGCUGUGCGCACUACACUGAACAGGGUGAUAUCAGCCGAGUUUGACAUGCCCGACCACUUGUCAUUGGAGGCGAAGGAUCUUAUCAAAUCACUGCUGAAGAAAAACCCCAAGGAGAGGAUUGGUCUUCAUGAUAUUUUGGAGCACCCCUUUCUUACCAACACAUCACUGAGGGAGUAUAAAUCUCGAGGGCAUCAUAACAUGCUGACCAAUGAGGCCUCAAUGGACAGUGGUCACGACACAAUGAACACCAUGUCCACCAACACCAGUAACACUCGCUACACCUCCGCCUCACGUCUGCGCCCCACCAGGGCCUACCCCACCCCCAGCCUGGGCCCUCUCACCUCCACUGCUGAGGAAGAGGAGGGAGGGAGUGCCCAGGACUCGGGGUGGUCAUGGAGAGGAAAUAAUGGGGUGACUGGGCACUACCCCACACACCCACCCUCCCCACCUGUGAGACUAAGAAGCAGUCCAAAUGAAAGGGUGCAGAAGAUCCCAGAGAAAACUAUGAGCACCUCAGCAGAGACCAGGUAUCCCAGCAGCUCCCACAACUCCGCCAUGUUGUCCACCAUCUCAAACCCCACUUUCUCCAGUCAUCAAGCUGUUAAUUUGAACUCAAAUAAAGGCACAGAUUUCCAGACUAAACUGUCUCAUUACCUCAGGGGUGCUGAAAACCAAGAACACAAAUUCAGCCAGCAACAAUCUGCAAGGGGGUUUAAUGAUGGAGAAGAUGGUUCUGGUUACCACGGUGCUAAGCUCCGUAGUUACCAUGGUGAUAAUAACUAUAAUAACAACCCAUCUCAACAUGGUCGUCGAGUUGAUGAAAACCCAGACCCUGAACCUCCAAGUUUCCCUGAGAGGAAGCAGGACUUAGAGAGACCAGGCUUCAUGGAAGUAGAACGCAGUGGCCACAGCUCCAUGACUCGGCAGCAGUUGACAGGGAAGCCACCCACGGCAAGUCACCACUGCAACUACCACCAUCAUCACAGAGCAAAUAGUAAGGCAGGAGAAGAAGAAUUAAGGGUCUUCCCAUCAGAAAGGGGGAAAUCUAUGAACAGUGUUUGUCAUGUAAACAGGUUGGAAUCUCAAGAUGAACUUCAAGACCAGGACUUGGGGAAAGGACAGAACAGAAGUCGCUAUGAAGGAACAACCACAGGAAACUGGUUGAAACAAGACAAAGAUGUAGAUAUGAAAUCAGUUAGCAGUGGUCAGCAGGCUAUUGAUGGAGUGGACAAUGCCCAGGCCAGGGGUAAGAAUGACCUGGUCACUACAGGAACAGAGGUGGUCAGUAAAGAUGGCCGGAGACUGAGGGACCUGGCCUCUCCUCUGAACUCUCUCAGACUGAGACCUAUCAGGCAGAAGACCAGGAAUGCUGUGAUGAAUAUUCUGGAAGAUGGGGAAGUGUGUCUGGAGUUCUUCAAGAGCAAAGACAACCAAGACAGAGUUGUGGAGGUCUGUAAGAUAUCUGCAGAUGGGAGAAAGAUCAUAGUGUACCAGCCCAAGAUUCCUCACCAGCCUGUCCAGGACCGUCCCCCCACCCCGCCAGGUGACACUGCCUGUAUCUACACCUACCAUGACCUCCCCAGCAAAUACUGGAAGAAAUACCAGUAUGCUGCCAGGUUUGUCAAAUUGGUGCGCUCUAAAACCCCCAAGGUGACUAUGUAUACCACCAAAGCCAAGUGUAUGCUGAUGGAGAACUCCCCCAGUGCUGACUUUGAGGUGGUGUUUGCUGAUGGUGCCAAAGUAAACUGCAAUCCCCAGGGUGCCAGGAUUAUCGAGCAGGAUGGCACUACCAUCACCCUAGGGACGGAGUCUGGAGUCCACCACCUCUCUGCUGACGCCCAGAAACUGUGGGAGAAUGUUAAACAGCUGCAUCAGCACUGUUUGGACCUGGAGGCUGCUUUGUCCAUCGCUGAACAAAAGGCAGGGAUAGGCCACUACUUCCCAGUCAUUGUUGGCAGGCGGCCCACAAUGCCCUGUGCAACAGGCAGUAGUUCUGAUGGGAAGCAAGCGCCAUCUGGUGAGAAGAAGAACAACAGGGGUUUCCUGCAGCAGACUGAGGGCUCCCCAGUGGCAGUACCAGCACCAACUAUGCUGUCAUUUGAUGGGACGGUGAUGAGCAGUCAUGUGACCAGAGUUCAGGAACCACGGGCGACCAAAGACGUUCAUAACACACUCGCUGGAGCAAAGGGACAACUGUUCAUAUCUCAGAACUCAGAUAACAAGAGACAGGCUCAUGGUGCAGAACGAGACCUAGGUGUGCAAAAAAACCAGGAACAUCCUAUUGACAGUCAGGCUAGAGUAGCACUACAUGAUAGAGGCAGGAAAAAUAAAAGUUUACAUGAGAAAGAAUCUCAGAAAAGAACACAGUCAAUAGAGGAAGAGGUCUACAGCAAAACUCCGUGUAACUUAUCACAGAAGGAAAACAUGGAGCAUCACGAUAAUACUGGAAGAGUAGGACCUAGACGUGGUGGUGAACAUACUGGAAGGACUACAAGGUCACACCAGAGGGGUUUGCAUGUGAAAAAUGGUAAUAGCAGUGACAGAAUACAAGACUGGGAGAAGGAAAAAUUGAAAAAUACAGGCCAAAGCACAUCUAUGCACAAGAGGUCAGUUUUAGACGGUAAUAUUGUUUCAGAUGAAAGACCUCCACAUUCAGGAAGAGAUCUCCCAGGGGAAGGCAGGAGCCGCAGACACAACACGCCAACAGCUGGAAGUACUGCAGAGCCUUACCCUAGUGAACCAGCACGGAGUAGCAGUGCUAAACGUCACCACUCCAAUCAAUCCUCUCCCGCCAGUCACGCUAGAGAUCGGCAGAAGUCUCAGAAACGGGUGACACAAUCACCUGAGGUGACGUCACCAUCAGCGAGAGUGUUAAAAAGGAUGUUUGUGCCAGAUGUGGGUUGGGCAUCACAGCACUGUGAUGGCUCAGUGUGGGUGCAGUUCAAUGAUGGGACACAGGUAUGUGUCAGCUCUUCACAGACUGCCAUCAAAUAUGUGGAUCAGGCUGGAAAAGUGGCAAGGUAUGGAGAGACGGAUCAUCUUCCAAGUCACGUUAUGAAGAAAUUGGAAAAGCUUCCUGCAGUGGUUGAAAAGUUGGCAGCAACAGGGGACUCGUAGUUUAACAGACUAUUAAAUUCAUUCAUUAUCUUAGACAAUUAUUUUAAUAGAUGUCUUAACUUAUUCAUGGCAGUUGUUUUGAUGAAGGAAUAGUGAAGCCUGCUUCAUCUGAAGAAUAUGCAAAGUAAUACAGAAAAUUUAUAAAGAAACCCUUUUAACAUGUUGUCUGUUGAUAAAAAGAAAACUGUGUGAUACUUUUAUUUUUUUGAGAAAUAUAUUUUGCGAGAUA